AUGGAGGAACAACCAAUCAAGCAUUACAGCUCAGGAGUGUUCUCAGGUGAAGGCGAAGAGAAUUCUGGCCUUCAUAGAAGAGGCAGUAGACAUUCAUCUAGAGUUGAGCUGGGUUCUCAAAAGUUGUAUCGUCCUGAAUUUGAUUCUGCUUCAAGAGGAGAAGCAACCAGUGAAAAACUUUGGGAGUUGAUGGCAGAAUAUAUAUAAUUUCUACUCUAAAUAUCUACAAAUUAUAUUUCCUUCAAAUAUUCCAAAAAUUCAUAUAGAAAUCGCAUAGAUACUGAGAAGUCAACAAUCCAAAAAGCAAUCGUAGCCCAUGUAGAAUACACGCUGGCUCGAACUCGUUUCAAUUUUGAUAAGAAUUCUUGCUUUAAAGCUGCAGCUCUUUCCAUCAGAGAUAGACUAAUUGAAAGCUGGAACGACACCCAGCAGCUGUUUACAGCAGAGGACAAAAAAAGAGUUUACUACAUGUCAAUUGAAUUCCUUAUUGGCAGAUCAAUGCAAAAUGCCUUGAUUAAUUUAGGAUUAGAAGAUAAAUAUAGAGAAGCUCUAGAAGAAGUUGGAUAUAAACUUGAAGAACUUUAUGAUGAAGAAGUCGACCCUGGGCUUGGCAAUGGAGGCCUUGGAAGGCUUGCAUCAUGCUUUUUAGACUCUUUGGCUACCUUAGACUACCCAGCCUGGGGUUAUGGAAUUCGAUAUGACUAUGGGAUUUUCCGACAAAUGAUUGUCAAAGGAUACCAAGUGGAAAUGCCAGAUUAUUGGCUAGCACAGAUGAAUCCUUGGGAAAUUGAGAGGUCUGAUGUAACUUAUGAUAUUUAUUUUGGCGGAAGAGUAGAAAAGAAGUGGGAAAAUGGCAUUGAAAAAUCGAAUUGGAUUCCAAAUGAGAUUGUCAAAGCAAUUGCUUAUGAUAACCCAAUUCCUGGGUACGACACUUUUAACACUAUUAAUUUAAGAUUGUGGAAGUCCAUGCCUACUAAUGAAUUUGAUUUCCAAAGCUUUAAUCAAGGUGACUACUUCAAAGCAAUUGAAACCAGACAGAAAGCUGAAUACAUUACAUCAGUUCUUUAUCCAAAUGACUCUACACCUAGCGGCAAAGAGCUGAGACUAAGGCAGCAAUAUUUCUUCUGUUGCGCUACUAUUCAAGAUAUAAUUAGAAGAUUUUUAAAAAAGCCAAGAGAGUGGGAAGAACUGCCUGAUAAAGUUGCCAUUCAAUUAAACGACACUCAUCCAGCCAUAUCAAUUCCAGAACUUUUGAGAGUUUUAGUAGAUAAAUAUGGUCUUGAGUGGCAAAGGGCUUGGAAUAUCUGUUAUAAAGUGUUCAGCUACACAAAUCAUACAGUGAUGCCAGAAGCUUUGGAGAAAUGGAGUGUUGAGCUGUUCGAAAGACUUCUUCCAAGACAUUUAGAAAUCAUUUAUUUGAUUAAUUUCCACUUUAUGAACCAAGUUGGCCAAAGAUAUGCCAAUGACCCUAAGAAAUUUGAUAUCAUGGGGUAUAUGUCACUUAUUGAAGAGUCGAGACCUAAAGCAGUCCGUAUGGCUAAUCUUUGUAUUGUCAGCUCCCAUGCAGUCAAUGGAGUCGCAGCUCUCCAUUCCAACCUGCUUAAAACUCAGCUCUUUGCAAGAUUCCACGAAUAUUUCCCUAAAAAAUUCCAAAAUAAGACAAAUGGAGUCACUCCUAGACGAUGGAUAAAAUGUUCAAAUAAAGGACUGUCAGAUAUCUACACCAAAUAUCUCAAGUCUAAUAACUGGCUUUCAGAUCUGUAUGAAACUAAAAACUUAAUGAGCUACAUCGAUAAUGAAGAAUUCCAAGAAGAGUUCAGACAAGCCAAGCUGCAAAACAAGGAAAGACUCGCAAAAUGGGUAGAAAAGGAGUGUGGAAUUAAAAUCCCAACUGACGCGAUGUUUGAUAUUAUGGUCAAAAGAAUCCACGAAUAUAAACGGCAAAACUUGUUCGCUUUGUACAUGAUUUAUCGCUACUUUAACCUUAAAGCCAUGACAGUUGAUGACAGAGCAAAACAAGUCAAAAGAGUUUUCAUGGUCGGUGGAAAGGCAGCACCUGGGUAUAUUGCUGCCAAAAAGAUCAUAAAACUUAUUAAUAGCAUUGGAGACGUUGUUAACAAUGAUCCUGAUAUAGGAGAUCUAAUGAAAGUCGUUUUCCUUCCUAACUAUUGUGUGUCCAGUGCACAAAUCAUCAUCCCAGCUGCUGAUCUGACUGAACAAAUUUCGACUGCUGGUACUGAAGCUUCAGGGACAAGUAAUAUGAAGUUUGUGAUGAAUGGGGCCAUUAUUAUGGGAACCAUGGAUGGAGCCAAUGUAGAAAUUGUAGAAGAUAUUGGAAUUCAGAAUGCCUUUAUAUUUGGGGCAAGAGUACAUGAAGUUGAUAGACUUCGAGUACAGAGUGGAGCACCAGCUGGAAGCCGCCUGCAAAGAAUUUUUGAUGCUAUUAAAAGUGGAACUUUUGGGAAUCCUAAAGAACUAUCAUCUCUUGUAGAAUCCCUGGAGCAGCAUGAUAUUUAUCUUGUGAAAUCUGAUUUUUAUUCUUAUAUAGAAAAACAAGAAGAAGCUGAUGCGGUAUAUAAGAAUCAAGACCGAUGGUUAAAAAUGUCUAUAACUGGAGCGCUUAAUAUGGGAAGGUUUUCAAGUGAUCGCACAAUCCACGAGUAUGCUGAAGAUAUAUGGGACUUAGAGUCAGUUGAAAUCCCUAAGCCAAGCCUUAGUGCUAUAUCGAGAGUAAAAAGCCAGCCUAAUAUCAAUCCUACUCAAGAAAUAGUUGAGCAGCACAUAAUUGAGGGUCAUGAAGAUUGGCAAUGCAAAAUUGAUGACAUCCCAGCAGAAGAUCUUGAAGCAAGCCUUAUGAAAGAUGAGGAAUCCGAAAAAAUUCCUAAGUAUUUAUACACCUCUUAA